AUGAAGAAGGAGCGCAAUCGUGGAAGUCUCCCCAGCUCGAGUUCAACACCACGUGUCCAAAGCUGUGCGGAGCUACAGGAGUCUCAACAUUCCGAAGCAACAGAUAAUUUAGUAUGCACGAAUCAGUCAUUGAGUGGGCUACGCAAUAACAAUUUCAAGAUAUUUGAGUUCAAAUCUCCAGAUCCAAAAAUACCACCAGUUACUAUGCAUGACAUUGCUGGCACCGACGAUUCUCGACCUAUUAGGCAAUUCAGCAAGAUAGCAACGCACCAUGGGCCAUUUGUACCUGCUAGUGCACAUAUUCGGUCGCAGUCUGUUCCAAAAUCUACAGCAAGUAAAAGCCAAGUUAGAUUCUACGAAAAUGCAAGACGGUUUUCCGACCCAAGUCACGUGUACGGGAAAGUUCUGUCCCUCGGAUCAGAGACUUCCACUGUUUCCAGUCAGCCUGUUAAUCAAUCUUCUUCGAGUGAUAAGUUAUUCCCUGAAGAGCCGCACAACUAUGCUGGCAGCGCCGAUGAAAUGAGCCAUUUAUCGGUAAGGACGGAUUUACCCACUGCAGAUAAACAUGUCGAGCCAUCACCCAGGCAUAUCGAAGAUAACUCUUCUAUGUUUGAAUUUUCCAUCUUGUACAAUCAAUGGACACAAAUUUCACAGAUGAGGAAUCAAGUACAAGCACUUCGCUUCAAACUUCAAAUCAAGCGCCGUGAACUACGUAUUCUACAAAGAGAGAGAUCUCUUGCAGAAGAUGCAUAUUUUAAACAAGUUCAAAUGAGGGAGUUGAAUAUGCCCUUUCCCCGCGCAUGGUGGUCUGAAAAGAGUAUUGCAGAGUUACUGAAUGAUUCCCAAAAAGCCAGAAAUGAAUAUGGUUCCAUGGAAGAUGAAUACAUUCAGAUUGAGAAUGAUCUAGACUCGCAAGAAUGGGAACUUUCACAACAGGAAAAUUAUUUUUACAGUCAGCUGCAAGACCCUUCACGGUUUUUUCGCCGACCAAUAGAGUUCGAAUAUGCAGCGAAAUCACAGGAGGAGCCGGAGCAUUUCGAACCCCAUCCGUUAGUGGACUCAUAUCUUCUGAAGCUCGGAGGUCUUGAGAACCUACGUGAAAGCUUCGAUGAGAUCUUGGAUGAGAAGUUAGACCUCGAAGAACAACUAGCUGUUAGAAAGCGGUUCAAUAUGACCCUUAUGCCCGAAGAUCAGCAAUGGCUUGAUAGCUCUCAAUCUCAAUUGGAUGAUUUGGCCUCCAAGAUUCAAGUUGCGGAGACGGAGGAGAGAGAAUUGCGACAGCAGUGCUUUUCAUUGGGCCUUAUAGAUGAAAAUGGCGAGCCAAUAGAGCCAUCAAAACACGGGCAACAUAGUUUGUCGACGGAUACAGAUCCAGAAACACUCGAGAAUCCUCGAGAAAGUGUUCAAAUUCUUUCACUAUUGCCUCCAGGGCCGAGCGAUAUGGAGAUUGGCAUAAAGGCAUUAGACUUUGAUCACAACUACUCAUCACGAAAUGAGCGCUUUGACCGAUGGUCACUAGAAAAGCUCCAGGUUUCUCUUCUCGAGAUCAAUAUCUAUGCAAAUUGCUUCGAAAAUUUCGAUGAUUUGACAGAUUUAAGCAAACUGAAGGAAAGGGUCCACGACGACGAUUUUGUUACUGCCUGGUUUUCCGACGGCUUCACGGAUAGUGCACCAAGAUCUAAGGGCUUUACAUCCAUUCAUUCAACUCCACAGCACAUUCCUCGUGCAGAUUUAAGUAGCAAAGUUUCUCCGUCUGAUUUUGUCUUUUCUAAAGGCUCACCUCAUAGUGAAUCUGAUCAUUCAGAUACCGCUGAGGGGGAAUGA